AUGAGCUCUUGGCUCAACAAGUUGCAAGGUCAACCUGACAGUUACGAUAAGAAAUCGCAAUACCGAUUUGGGAGGACAUUGGGGGCUGGGACUUAUGGCAUUGUUCGUGAGGCAGACUGCCCGACGGGGAAAGUCGCUGUGAAGAUCAUUCUGAAGAAGAAUGUGAAGGGCAACGAGCAGAUGGUUUAUGAUGAAUUGGAUAUGCUGCAGCGCUUGCACCACCCCAAUAUCGUUAGGUUUCGUGAUUGGUUCGAGUCUCGAUUGGCAACGGGAGGUGAACUGUUCGACAGAAUUUGCGAAUAUGGGAAGUUUACGGAAAAGGAUGCAUCCCAAACCAUCAAACAGGUUCUUGAUGCGGUGAACUAUUUGCACGAACGUAAUGUUGUGCAUCGAGAUCUUAAACCCGAGAAUCUUCUUUACCUUACCCCUGCCGCUGAUUCCCCCUUAGUCCUCGCUGACUUCGGCAUCGCGAAAAUGCUUGACGACCCGAAAGAGAUGCUUACAAGCAUGGCAGGUUCCUUUGGCUACGCAGCCCCCGAAGUUAUGCUCAAGCAGGGCCACGGCAAGGCCGUCGACAUGUGGUCCAUGGGGGUCAUCACCUACACCUUGCUCUGCGGCUACUCCCCCUUCCGAUCUGAAAGCCUACAAGACUUGAUAGACGAAUGCCUGAGCGGGCGCGUCGUGUUCCACGAGAGAUAUUGGAAAGAAGUCUCUAAGGACGCAAAGGACUUCAUCCUGGCCCUCCUCGAGCCUGAUCAGAUCAAGCGCAGCACCAGCGAACAAGCCCUCGCCCACCCCUGGCUCAAGGGCGAAUCUGCCAGUGACCAUAACUUGCUGCCUGAGCUUAAGGCAUACAUGGCCAAGGCGCGCCUGAAGCGCGGUAUUGAGAUUGUCAAGCUUGCGAAUCGCAUCGAGGCUCUGAGGAUGCAGCAAGAUGACGAGGAAGACAUUCCAGAGAGUAUGGGUGCGCCUGCUGAUUCCGCUGCAGCGGAUGCGAUAGCGACUACGGCUACGACGUUGACCAAUAAUACAGGGAGUGGGGGAACAGAACAUUCUAACAAGACAUCUGGGUCUGCUGGUACUGGUGGAGCUGGUGGAGCGACAGGGACAGUGGCAGGGGGUACACAAGGAGCCCCAACCCAUGGGACGAAGAAGAGGAGUCUGAGUAGGAUAGCACGCGGACAGAUAUUCCGGGAAGUGGUACUUGCUAAAGUGCGAGAGAUGAAGGAGGCGGAGCAGAAAGAGCAGAUUGAGCGGGAGGCGAAGGUGAAGGCGGGGUUUAUUUAA